UUUGUCGAUUUGUUGCUCUGAUAAAUUUGUUAAAUUUAUUUAGCUAUAAAAAACUUAUAAUUUCUCCCGCAAAAAACGAAGAAGAUCGAAGGCAAAAAAAGGUCUCUCAUUGUCGGUUCUCUCAGAAAAAAAAAAUAAAUUUGAACAAGUUUCUUUCAGUGCAUCGUGGUAAUUAGGUAGAGCGAAAUGAUGAGGCUGCAAACCUAUGCUGGUCUCAGUUUAGUCGCGAUGCUAGCUGUUAUUUACCAUGCAUUCAACAGUAGAGGCCAGUUUUAUCCUGCUAUGGUGUAUUUAUCAACCUCUAAGAUCAGCUUGGUGCUGCUUCUCAACAUGGGGCUUGUAUUUAUGUGCAUCUUAUGGCAAAUAACCAAAAAGAUAUUCCUUGGGUCCCUUCGUGAAGCUGAGGUUGAACGGUUGAAUGAGCAGUCGUGGAGAGAGGUUAUGGAGAUCCUCUUUGCGAUCACUAUUUUCCGUCAGGACUUUUCAGUUACGUUUCUUGCUAUGGUUACUGCUCUGUUGUUAAUCAAGGCUUUGCACUGGUUGGCACAGAAAAGGGUUGAGUACAUUGAGACGACCCCUUCUGUUCCUAUGUUGUCUCACAUUCGGAUUGUUUCUUUUCUGGGUUUCCUUCUUCUUCUAGAUUGUCUGUUUUUGUCAAGUUCUAUCAAGUUUCUGAUCCAAACACGGCAAGCUUCAGUUUCCCUAUUCUUUGCGUUUGAGUACAUGAUUCUGGCUACCACAAUAGUGUCAAAUUUUAUAAAAUAUGUUUUCUAUGUGAGUGACAUGCUUAUGGAAGGACAAUGGGAGAAGAAGGCUGUCUAUACCUUCUACUUGGAGCUCAUUCGGGACUUGCUUCACUUGUCUAUGUAUUUAUGCUUCUUUCUUGUGAUUUUCAUGAACUAUGGUGUACCUCUGCACUUAAUACGGGAGCUCUAUGAAACCUUUAGGAAUUUCAAAAUUCGUGUUGCUGAUUACAUGCGUUAUAGGAAGAUUGCUUCAAAUAUGAAUGACAGAUUCCCAGAUGCAACCGCUGAAGAGCUCGCUGCAAACGAUGCAACAUGUAUUAUAUGCCGCGAAGAGAUGACCACAGCAAAGAAGUUGAUAUGUGGACAUCUUUUUCAUGUGCACUGUCUUCGAUCAUGGCUGGAGAGACAGCAUACCUGCCCUACAUGUAGAGCUCUCGUUGUACCACCUGAAAACGGAACAAGUUCAUCUGGAGGGCAACAUGGACCUUGGUCAGAUGCUCAAGGACAAGGGUCUGGCACAAGCUCAGCUCGACAAGGUUUUGGUGGUGACAUGGCUGCUGAUAAUUUGACCCAGCAUCAGGCCAGGCUUCAGGCUGCUGCCACUGCAGCAUCAAUAUAUGAGAAAUCCUACGUCUAUCCAUCUGCAAACACUCUAGUUUGGUCUCCUGGAUAUGCUGUACUUCCCAAGGCUUAUGGGCAACCAGAUGACUCCACGAAGGGUGAAUCUAGUGGGGAAACGACAUCCACCGGAGAACAAUUUGUCAUUCCUGGUGGACAAGUCAACUUGUCCUUUCCAUGGUUCCCACAUUGUGCUUUUGUUCCUUUCCAAUUGCCUCGUGUUAAUGGAAACAUGGGAGAGGCAUCGAGUAGUAAUCUGCACAUUCCAGAUUCUCAGUUGGAAGCUCAGAAGAAGAUCAUUCAGCAGCAGAUUGAGGUAUCAUUUAUGUGUCAUAAGGUGCUACAAAAUCAGCUCCAACUCCUGCAGAUGCAGAAGCCGAAAACUGAAGGAAGUGCGGACGCUGGUCCCACAGCCUUGUCGGACAGAAAAGGGAAGACAAUUUCUUCUUCUUCUUCAGGAGAUUGAAGAAAGUACGUACCUUUUUGGGAACUGUAAUAUUUUUUGUUUUUGUUUUUACAUUAUAUCGGAACACCGCAUUACUAACAUUCUUGCCACUAGGCAAAGAUGUUUUAGGUCCUUACAUGUGGAACUAGUGAAUGAAUGAGUAGGCAUAUAAGAAAGGAAAAAAAGGGGGGGAGUGGGGGCGGGGUUGAAGUUAGGCUAAAAUUUGUGGCAUUGCUUCAUUGAGGGGGGAAAAUUGUUUUUAAGCAACGAUAUUACUUUUUGAAAUUUAAUUUUAAUGAAAAAAAUUCAAUUAUCAAAAUGUUUAGUAGUAAGGAAAAAAAAAUUAUAUGUUAUAGGUAUUAACUUUUCAUUUUUACAUGUUUCCUUUUUCCCUUUUUUUUUUUUUCUUUAUUAUCUUUUUCAAAAAUGUUGUGAAGCUAAUAAUAAAAUGAAAAAAAAAAGAAAGAAAAAGAAGAGUGGGGGAAAUUGAAGAAGAAAUAUUUAAGCUAGAGGUGUUUGGGUUGGGCUUAUGCAUUUUAUCAAUGUUUAUGUCAUACAUGAUUUUCUAGCUUGGCCUGGCAGCCGGGCUUGAAAUAUGCUUCUUAAAUUUUGCUUGUAUCUGUUUAAGUCCGUUAAUAUUUUUUUUAAUUUUUAAAAUACAAAUAUUUUAACUCA